AUGAGCACCCUAGCCCAGCUGUCCGCCGGCCAGGAAGUAGACAGCACGAUGGAAUUAGCCCUCAAGUUCAUUCCAAUCAUUGAGCUUCACGCCAACACCAGCAACUUCAACGAGUGGGAGCAUUCCGUCCGCUUUUAUCUGGACUACCACGGUCUUUACGGUUACAUCGACCCCAACUAUGAAAUUCGAUGCACUUCCGGUCCCAUUCAUCGCCAUCGUUUGUUCCAUGAUCCGAAACUGCUGCUCGAGGUUCUUCAUAAUCACAGAUCAAUGUAG